GGCAGAAAACUAACUGAAGGACAAGACACUACUAGGAAACCCACCAAACGGGUAGGUGGAAGGAAAUUGUCCAUCUCAAUUUACUCAAGUUACCGGAAGUUUGUUUGCAGAAAUAUAGGACUCCCUUUAGCAGAACAUCAUUUGCGGUCUUCUCUCUCUUUUUAAUACUUGCAAUGGCUGGAGAUAUAGUCUAUGCUGACAUCAAAACUGUUAAAUCUCCACUGCAGAGAUCUGAUUCUCACCACCAUGGAAUUUUCCUGAAAGUUGAGUGUGCAAUGAUUAUCAUCCUCCUUGUGAUAACAAUUGUGCUGAGCAUUUUUGUUAUCCAACUCAAAUCUGCAAGACAUAAUAAGGUGGAUAAUGAAUCAAAAGAGAAAUACUGUACUGGGAAAAAUAAAUCUGGAACAAUCACCUCCAUAGUUUCUUCUAACUCUUCUACUGCUCAUAAAUCAUGCCCCUCCAAAGAUUGGAAGCUACAUGAGGGAAAAUGUUACUGGGUUUCUGAAAAUAAGAAAUCUUGGAAUGAAAGUAAAAAUGACUGCGCCAUGAAAAAUUCACAUCUUAUGGUGAUUCAAGACUUCAUUGAUAUGAGUUUCCUAUGGUUGUACCUAAAUACUUCAGCCUUUUAUUGGAUUGGCUUGAGCAUUCCCCCUGGAAGCCGCUCAUGGACCUGGGUGGACAACAGCUCUUUUGAUCCCAGUCUGUUUUCAAUAAAAGAAAAACAACCUCAGACCCGGAGCAUGAAAUGUGCCCAUGUGUCUCUUAGUAGGACAGCUGAACAAAAUUGUAAAGACAAUAAUCAGUGGAUUUGCCAACUGUAACCCACUCUGCAAAACAUCAGUCUCCAUUUUUCUGACUGAAAGACACCAGGUGAAGGUUGAACUCACACCAUAGGAAAGUCCAGAGGGUUGUGUGUUUCCUAGAGGGCUGUGUGUGUGCAUGUGUGUGUGAGUGUGUGUGUGUUCCUUUAUGAUUGGUGUGAGUAUAGUACUAUUUCUCAGAGAUAUGGGAAAGGUGCCAGAGAAAAGAAAAUGUUAUAUAAAUGAGUAGAUAUGAUGAAUAUAUUUUUUCACGUGAAUUAUCAAGGCAAUUAUUCAAUCAUCAGUCUCAUUAUGCCUGUAUUUUUGGAACUUCAGUCUUUAUCUUCUUUAUACCUUUCCUCUACAAUAUUCUUAGCUAAUGUCUUACCUUCUCCAAGUUUCCAUUACCACAUGCAAAGCAACACAUAUCAAAUUUAUAUUUCUAGCCCAGAGCAGCAGAUCCAUAUACCGUACUGCCUAUUUAACACAUCAAAUCUAAAAUCUCAAAGGUACUUCGAACACAAUAUAUAAAAAUAAUUCAUUAACUUUCCUCACAAAAGAAAUCAUCUUCCAGUACUCCACAUCUCAAUAAAUAGCAUGCCAUGUAAGAAAAUUAUGCAGUCUAUAAACCAGCUGUCAUCUUGUCAUCACCCUCUCUCACACCCCUCUAGGCUGCUCUCCUCUCCUUCUCAUAUCAUCAACUCUUAUUAUCUUUUUUACUAAAUAUCUUUCAAAUUUGCCCUCUUCUCUCCAUCACCACUUUAAUGACAUUAAUACAAAGUAAUAAAAUAUUAAAUAAUUACAAUAACAAGGUCUUCACUCUUACUCCGUGUCUAUCAUUUUCUGCCAUGAAAACUGAGUGAUAUUUUAAAAAUGUAUAUUGACAAUACAACCCUCCUUUUUAAAAACACUUCAGUAUCUUCCUUAGAAUAAUAUGGAACUCCAUUACAUGGCCUAGAAAUCAGGCCGUGACAGCUGGUCUAACCGUUGCUUGCUUAUUCAGUCUCUUCCUACACUGAACUUACCCAAACUCGCAGCAUAACAAUCACAUUAGACUAAUUUUAGAAACUCAUACUGUAUUUCACCACAUUGACUUAGCAAAAGUUGUUCCCUAGACCUAGAAUUCUCUUUCCUCUCUUCUCCAUCAAGUUAACUGCCAUUCUCUAUAUCUCAGCUCAGUUUCUAAGAACGUUUCCUUGAGCUCCAUGAUGAGGUCAAAUAUCUCAACAUUAUAUUCCCCUGCCCAGCAAUUAUCACAUUUUUGGUCUUACAUAUACCGGUCUUUGAGUAAAUAUUUGAUUAAUGUCCUCCACCCUCAUUUGACUGUAAAUCCCAUAAGGGUCCAAUAUCUGUUUUUAUAUUUCUAGUGCCUUUUAAAUGCCUACCACAUAAUAAAUACUCAGAAAUGAUUUAUUGUAUUAAGUUUUACGUAAGAGAUUGCAGAAGUAGGAUACUGAUAUGUGGCUGGGGAGAUAAGAUGCAAAAGAACCAGAGACUGACACAAAUGGAGGUCAUUGAGUGAGUGCCAAGGGAAAACCGAAGUAUUUGUCUGCUUGAAUGAUUGAUAUCGAAUGAGAAUCCCAUAAAUACCAAAGGAGUUUAUGUGAAGGGGUAAGUGCUUCAGAGACAAACAUUUUUUUGUGAUGUUUAUGCUCAUCUCUUAAUGGUGAUUAUAUCCUUACAAGUUUUUUUGUGCAUCAUAUCAUUACAUGACAAACCACCUUAUAUAUGCUGAGUGUGAAAUUGUAUACAAACUGAUGAGUAAAGCAUUUAUGUUGCGGCAUGUUGGCACUACAUCCCAGUAAAAACAAAAUAACUGUUUUAUUUUAUGGUCACAGUGGUGUUUACAAAAAUAUAUGAAUAUUUAUUAGAUUGAUUUUUCAACUAACUACUUGAAAACACAAAGAUACUUCAGGGGACAAAAAUAACCAAGGACUUGCUAUGCAGAGGAGAUAGACACAAGACUACCUAACAUGUUCAUUUAUGCUGCAAAUGGUCUACAAAGGCAUUGGGAUUCAGACACUUCUGAUGGCUGUGCAGAAACUCUGGUUUGAGUUAAGUUCACAGAAGGGCAUGGGGGUUAUUGUUUCCUGUUCAUGUGAUUCUAGGCUGGAGUCUAGGAAGUGAUUCUAGGGUGGCCUCAGAAGAAUUCAUUUGGUAGCCUUGCCUCAGAUAUUUUGGAAAUAUCUCUCCUUAUUUUCUUUCUCCUCUCAAAUUUGGAAAUCCACUGUUUUUUGACACAUGUAUCCAGGAGUUCCUGGACUUCUGUCCUGAGGAGAUAAAAGCUACAAGCAUCUACACACCUAGCAGUAAAGUCUUCCCAGGGAGAGGCCUCUGAUUGAUGAAGAGACAAAGCUCUCACUUGACUUCAUAGUUCAAGCAAGAGGGAUAGAACAAUUCCUUGGCAGACACCAGCCAGCAGGAGAUAGCUGAAAUAAGCAAUUACAGGAUUGUUCAGAAAUCAGAGACCAAUCAACAGGAGUUAUCUGAAAAUAAACUCUCUAGAACAGUGUUCAUCAAAUUGUCACACCUUAUUUGAGUCAGAGUCAGUUUGAGUCAGAGAUAAAAUGAAGUCUGAGGAUGGUGGGAUAGAGAGAUUUGUGGUAGUAGAUAAAAGGCAAAUGAAGCAGUGCGAUCAAUGGAGAGGACUAAGUGUGGUGAGAAGAUAAUAUCCUGAGAGAAAGUGUGGUCAAGCGAGGAGGUAGAGUCCAGAGACAAAGUGAGGUCUGUUUGGGGAACAGGAUCCUGUAUCUGUAUGUGCUUCAGAGAAAGAACAAAAGCAGCAAGUGGUAGAGGGAGAAAAUGGUCCAAUAAGAACAUGAAAUCUAGUCACGGAAAGACUUCAAGUGUCACAGAGAAACAAAGUGGUGAGAGUAAGCCAGAGGGAAGAUGAGGGAAGCUAAGAUUAGUAGCAGAGAGGACCGUGGUUGCAAAGAUCAGAAAGUCAAUUAUGAAGGUGAACAAAGAACGUAUGAAGGGUUAACAGAACUCACUGUCCAAGAAGACUCUGAAGGCAGAGGAUAUAAGACCAUUGCUGGGGCACGGGGAAACUAAUCAGUUAAAAUGUACUGGCCAGUAUCAGAGUGGCCUCCGGUGGUAGAAAGAAGGCCAAUAAUGUGAGUAAAAGGAGCUCUGAGUGAGCAGGGCCCAACGCGAAGUUACGACAAAAUGAGAAGAAGGGAGAUAGUGAGUGGUUAGUAAUUGGACCUAUGGAGGAUUUGCUGAGAAAGUGGAUACCAGAGAUAGAGAAGGACGAAACCAAAGAGUUGUGGAAGUCAAAGAGGACAAAGAGGAAGACACGUCCUCCAGAAGUUCCCCACACAGCAGCUCAACUUCCACCAUUGCUACACCAGAGGUCUUGCCACAAGAAUUGCUGACAGCUGCCCUUAAGAGAGAGCUUGCUCAAGUGACUGCAGGAGACAGAAGAUACAAGCUCCAGCCAGGAGCAGAACAGGGACAGCAGGACCUGGUAAUCCUAGCAGGAUUCAUAAUUCCCCAUAUCCCUGACUUCACCAAAUCCCUUUAUCCGCACCCUAGGGCUUUCUUCACAUUCCCUUCCCUAUGGAUUCUCCUACUCAAUGCCCACCCAAGCUGUACUGGGCUUCUGGAACCUCAUACAUCAUGUCAGGAAGAAGGAUACAGGAAAGAAUGUAAAUAAAUUCAUCACUUUUUCAGAAGAGGAAACCAUUCCUGUGCCAUCUCAGUUCUUUUAUGACAUGCUUUCUAAGCUUGGAAACCAAGAGAAUUUAUUACAAGUGUUCAAGUUCAGGGGCAUCUUAUAUGAGGCAGAGUGGCAUUGGCCUUUGAGGAAGACUCUUGGAAGAUUAGGCUUUGAUAGCCCCAAUCUUUAGUAUACAAGGUCAAAUAGUCAAUUACCAUAAUAGUCAGGAGUGUGUGUGUGUGUGUGUGUGUGUGUGUGUUUCUUUAUCAUUUACAAAGGGGAUUUUACAUACAUUAUUCUAUGCAAAACUCACAACAAUUCUGUGUGGGAUGGAGUCCAGUUUUUGGUUUUGUUUCUCUCAAUAAGGAAUCAAAGACAGAAAAAUUAAACCACUUGUCCAAAGGCCAAGUCAAGUUUUGCCUCUAAUGACACCUGAGAUGGGAGACUGACUGAUUAACAUCGAUAAGAGACUCUCAUUCUGAAGGUAUCCUGAACUCUUGUAAUAAAUCAUGACCACUGAA